AGGUAUAUAAGACAUGUGAGAGGCACCAAGAACAGAAGAAGCAUUAGGAGCAUCUGGAAGCAACACUUCAAAUCAACCGCACCUACAUCAAGAGAUUUAGCGACAAAAAUGACUGGAGCUGCUGUGUCCGUGUGCGUACUUUUUCUCCUGUCUGUAUGUUCAGCGUGUUACAUCUCUAACUGUCCUAUCGGUGGGAAGAGGUCUAUCAUGGAUGCACCGCUGCGAAAGUGCAUGUCGUGCGGCCCCGGAGACAGAGGCCACUGCUUCGGCCCCAGUAUCUGCUGCGGGGAGGGCCUCGGCUGCCUGCUGGGCUCCCCGGAAACGGCUCACUGCGUGGAGGAGAACUACCUGCUCACCCCCUGCCAUGCAGGAGGGAGACCCUGUGGAUCUGAGGGAGGACGCUGCGCUGCUUCGGGACUCUGUUGUGAUGCAGAAAGCUGCACCACAGACCAAUCCUGCCUCGUCGAGGAGGAAGGAGACGACCAGACCGGCCAAUUCGAAGGAAGCGACCCCAGUGACAUCAUCCUCAGGAUCCUGCAUCUGGCUGGCCUCAAUUCUCCUCAUCGAGUUCGCCAAUGAGCUGCUGCUGACAGCGAGGUCUCAUGGGAAACUCUUCAGCCGUAGAGACGACGUGGGACUUGUAGUUGUAGUUCAUAUAGUUGUACCCC